ACCGCCUCAAAUGCGCACCAAAAUGGUGAAUCGCUAAAUCACCCAUGUCUCCGAUUAAAUCUACUAAAAGACCACCACUUCCCGAAAACUCCCACCGUCUCUCCUCCAGCCCGCCACUCCACCAGUCGCGGCGCCAAACCACCACCUUCCCUUCUCACACCGUUUCCCCUCUGAUACAUGUAGAACCCAAACGACAAUCAUCGCAAUGUCGUUGCACGAGCGAGCCGUAAUCAACCUAGUCUCCCAACUCGCCCUCUCCUGCGACGGCGCCGUUUUGGGCGUAGUCCUAGCGUGCGCUGCCGUGCGUACCGUCAUCAAGUUCGCCUACACUUCCUCAGCCCUGCGCAAGCUCCGUAACGCUCCCUACGUCAAAGUCUCCGACCUCCGCGCAAUCCUCGCCCCCGACGAAUCUCAGCCCUCAGAUGCAAAGCUCGUCGUCUUACGCGGCACCGUCGACGGCAAGUCGAAUAGCCCCAAAUCCGGCGUAUUCGUCUCUCGGGGAACAAAGAACAGUGCCGUCGUCGUUCAGAGAACUCAAACGUGUGUUUAUAAGGAUCGGAAGAACUUCAUCGGAUUUCCGUUUGAUUUGAGAAGUUUAAUUUUGAAGCCUUGGAGAGAGCAAGAGUCGAAGGAUUUAAGAACGGUUCCUUUUGUUCUUGUUGAAGGUAGUCGAAGGAGGGUUUCGGAAUUUGUUGUUGUGAAUGUAGAUGAAUCAAGACAUCCCUUACCUCUUACUACAGUUUAUCUUAAUUUUCAUCCUGUUAAUGCUUCUCCCUACAAAUAUAAACUCGUUGAUGCACUCUUCCGGCAUGAAUACCCGAUUGGUUUUCUCGAUGAAGAGAAGAUUCUUCCAUUGGGAAAGGAAAUUAGCGCUGUCGGUCUCUGCAGUUUAAAAAAUGGAGUGCCGGAUAUCAAGUCGUGCAAAGAUCUUCCCUAUUUUCUCUCUGAGAUGUCUAAGGAUGAGAUGGUUGUGGAACUUACUUCACGCACAAGAGUGCUAUUCUGGAGUGGGAUUGUUCUUGUUUCAAUGUCAAUUGGAAUCCUUGGCUAUGCUGUUUCGAGGAAUUGGGAUAAAUUGAAAGCGUGGAAGCAAGGAAGGCAGUCACAGCAAUCAAUCCCUGCUGCUGACGGCAAUACUGAAACUCAAAUUGAAGAAGAGGAGGAAGUAGGAGAGGUUCCAGAUGGACAGUUGUGUGUCAUAUGUCUGAUGAGGAGAAGGCGAUCGGCAUUCAUUCCUUGCGGGCAUCGUGUUUGCUGCCACCCGUGUAGCAUAUCAAUCCAACGGAAUGUAACACCAUGCUGUCCCGUUUGCCGGCAGGAUAUCCGCGCUUCAGUGCGAAUAUAUGAUUCUUAACGUCGGUGUUCUAGUAUUAGGAGAAACUAUGUGAGGGACUGUUCGUCUCGGGUUAAAGUGCUAGAGACUAGAGCUCAAAGUAGUGUGGUUUAGGCAUGUUUUGUGUAUUUAACAAAGAUACUAAUUUAUGUAUUUUGUAGUUUUGAAAAGGAAAAUUACACUAAUUUCUGAAAA